AGCGUUCCAGGGCAUUGCACUACGUACCAUUCUUUUUGCAUCCCAACUCACAGGUUAUUGUCGUGGUGGUCUUGUUCCCUUUGUCGAGCACAACAUCUGCUCCGUGACGAUCUGCCAGUUUGUGGCUUCCAUUGCCAUGGUUGGAAAGCGAACCUUUCACAGAGACGGCAACGAAAAUGAUGACCACACGCGACAUGAUGACCUGGAAUCAGGACGUCCCAACCGACGCUUUGGUGGCUUUAGAGAUGCUGUGGAGUUCGUGAUCGACCGCAAAACCACUGCUGCAUUGAAACAACAGCUGAAGGACGGCGUUCAAAAGGAUAACGCCUUUCAGAACUUGAGAAAAAGUGAUGAAGAGGUGGGUUUCCAGAGCGCUUCCAUGGUGGUGAAACUGACAAGUGUCGCUAUCCAGUUGAAAAGCAUUAAGAACAAGAAAGUGCGCAAGUUCUACGAACGCCAAAAUGCCCGCUUGAACGAUUGGGCCGAGGUCGAUACCAUAGUCAUAGCCAUGGCUGACGAUGUUAUGGAGAGCAUGAAUACCGAUGCAGAUCGCGAUGGGGUCAGAGAGAGAGAAGGCCGGCUGCAGACCGUCCACGAACAUAUCGAAGACAUGCUCCCAGAUGAUAUGCAGCAACAACGAGCCAGAGCGGGUCGCAAUGCACGGUGGGCAAUCAACAUCAAUGUGAUCGCCAACAUCAUCCUACUUGUUGCAAAGGGAAUAGCCGCCUUGAAGUCUUCAUCACUGUCGUUGAUUGCUUCACUGCUGGACUCGGCCCUCGACUUGUUGUGUACGGUCAUUGUGUGGACCACCAACCGCCUGGUGUCGUGGAGACUGUCAGCCCUUGCGAAGAGAUUCCCUGUCGGUCGCCGGCGACUUGAACCCGUUGGAAUCCUUGUCUUCUCGAUUAUAAUGGUCAUAUCAUUCCUGCAGAUCUUGCAAGAGUCAGUCCAGAGAUUGCUUCCCAACGGAGACCAUUCCAUCGCAACUCUCCCGACGCUGGCUAUUGCUGCAAUGGCCGGAACUGUGGGCAUCAAAGGUCUUAUUGGGCUAGGCUGCAUCCGGAUCAAGACGACCCAGGUGCAGGCUCUGGCGCAAGACUGCAAGACGGAUGUAUACUUCAACACGCUUUCGCUGCUCUUCCCGCUCAUCGGCAAACAGGCGGGUGUUUGGUGGUUGGAUCCCUUAGGAGCGGCGUUGCUCUCGUUGUACAUCAUCUAUGACUGGGCCGAUACGUGCAUCGACAAUAUGUCUCGACUCUGUGGGCUGGCGGUCGACGAGCACCUGCAGAACAAACUCAUCUUCCUUGCGUAUCGUUUCAGCAACCUGGUCUCCGGAUUCAAGUCGGUCACUGCGUACCAUGCUGGCGAUGGCGUUUGGGUUGAGUACGAUAUCUUGCUGGAGGAAGGGACGCCUUUGCGUCGCACACAUGAUAUUGCCGAGACGUUGCAGUACUGCUGUGAAGCUUUGGCUGAGGUGGAUCGUGCUUUUGUGACGACAGAUUAUUCCGUCCAGAACCCUGGCGGUCACACUAGAGACAUGAUGUAA